AUGGCUAACACUGCGCACCUCCUGGCCUCUAUCAAUCACCAGAUAGUGGCCCUGCAGACCCUGCGGCUCUUGCAGCAGCAGAGGGACCGGGAGGAGGAGCAGCUUUUCUCCAGCCACAUGUCCGAAGCCCCAGGGCAGGCCGGCCCGAGAGCGGAGCGGGAGGAGAAGGAGGGCGGCGGGGGCCCCGCGGCUGGGAGAGCGGGAGAUGAGGGGGGCGCCGUCCCCGAGCCCCGCGACUCCGGCCAAUGCGAGCUGGCUCGCUUGGCUGUGCGCACGGUGCUGGCCCGUGUCGUCGAGUCCACUUCACAGCUGGUCCGGGUGGAGCAGACGAUCCUGAGCCCCCUGCAUCAAGAGCUGAACUUUCCCAUCCACCUGAAAGAUAGUGUGGAAUUUCGUAACAUCUGCAGUCAUAUGGCCCUGCAGCUGGAGGGACACUACUUUGACCGAGACUUGAACACCGCGUACCAGUGCCUGAAGUCCAUCAUUAAGAAGUUGAUCCGGUCACUUCGGAGCCUCCAAUCGGAUUCCUGUGCCGUGGCCUGCACUGCCCUGAGGCAGAUCCUCCAGAGUCUCCUGGAUCUGUGAAUGUUCUUGAUAUGUGGAUUCAAGCCAUAAAUCUCCCUAGUUGUCCGGCCUUAAGCUUUAACCAUAUUAUAAGUGGGUAUCGAUAACAAAAUAAGCUUUGAGUAUUGUUAAAUCAGGCAGAAUUGAAGAUUGUCAUCCAGACCCCCUCAGAAUUCCUUCCACAUUUAUAACAAGCAGUGAGGAUUUUCAGGAAUUUUGCCAUUUUUUUUUCUGACUUGUUAAUGGAUAGGUAUUCUACUUUGGUUAUAAAUUUGGAUUAAAUGCAUUUAUUUCAUCAGAUAUUUUUCUCCCCCUGUUGAGGCCAAGUUGACUAAUUAGGGCUAUUUUGUGGCUGAAGCUCCAUAGUUAAUAUAAAAGUCUGAGCCAUAAUUGUGAUGUUUGAUAAUCAACCUAUGUUCUCUGUUGCUGUGUAUAAAAGAGAGGGAAAGUCUUCAUUUAUUUCAUUUCCUAGUAAGGGAAUAAUCUCUAGAAAUCUGAAGACUCUGUGUUAAUACUUCUAACUCUUGUUCCUGGUUUUGUGAAUUGACUGUUUGGCAGCCACUAAAUGGCUUACAAGUUUUGUGCCUUCAGCAUCUUGGUGUGGAAAUUGGAAGUGAUGAUAAUCCCAUUUGAGGUACUUGGAAUAAAAGAUGUUAAACCAAA